AUGGACCUGCAAGAACGAGCUUAUAAUUUACUCAAUUGGAUUGGAGAAAACAUCAACCUAUGGGGUCAAUUCCAUAAGGAGCACAAUCAGAACGGACGCCGUUUAAGCAAAGAAAUCGAUGAAGCUUAUUUUUUGUUCUAUAGUUCAAUUAAAGAAUUAGCUGAUAAGUAUGAUGAAAUUAUCGCCUACUUGGAUGGAGUCAAUGUCGAAUUUGAAAUAGCCAGAGAAACCGAAAGUUUUGAAGUCGAAAUUCUGAUAGAACUUAAACAAACCAUGAUUGGAAUGCUGGAGUUUCAAGAAAAUAAACGAGAAUGCAGUCAAAGCACUGCUGAACGGCUUACAAUUGGUCAUAAAGAAAUUGAAAAUGAAAUACUGAAGAUAACCAGUGAUAGUAAACAAGUAAGCGAAAAUGUGGUCAACUAUGGCACAGGCAUUGGUGCUUCCCUAGGUGCCAUUAUUGGUGAUUUAUCUAUUGCUCAAAGGGGAGUUAUUGCAGCUUACUUAGUAUCUGGUUUAAAUAACUAUUAUGGCAAGACGGGUUUAGAGAAACUCAGCAAAACAACACAGUCUUUAAUCAAACAUAUGGCUGAUUUACAGAAAGAUUUUAUAUAUUUCCAGUGUGAAAUUAACAAGAUGCCUCUGGAAAUCAAUAACUAUAUUGCAUCAGUUUCCAAAUGUAUCAAAUACUCAACCCCAAAUGAUCCUCAAUCUAUGGCAUAUCGCAUAAGAGUCAAAAAAAUGUCUGAAAAUAUGAUCUGGUCUACAAAAGCACUAAACGAGAAAUUUAUACAAAUUAGAGACAUGGCAAGGUUUCAGACUGAAGAAAUUGAGCAAGAAUCCCAGUUAUUGAUUGAGAAAGCGCAUGAGGAGCAUGUAAAAUACUACCGCCUAAUGAAAAAUGUGUCUGGAGAUUGUGAAAAUUAUAUUGCAUUUUUGGAUAAUGUUUUUCAAGAAUUCAUUAUUGCAAAAGAAAAGAAAUUUUUUGACGCAUCGUUCACAAACGAGCUUAAAGAAAGUAUUUUCAACAUAUUAACAGAAAUGCAAGCCAAAGACAUUGCUAGAGAAAAUUUAUCAAAAGAAUUUAUUGAUUGCAUUGGCGAAAUUUCUGACUUAGAUAGAAAAAUCGACCAUCAAAUAAAAAACCAUGCAAGUAAUAAUACUAUGCUUAUCGAAGGCGCUGGCUCAAGUGGUGCCAUAUUAGGUAUGACAAUUGCUGGUAUUGUAGCCACUGGAGCUACUAUGGGUAUAUUUGGGGCUAUAAUGCUUGGAGCGCUUUGCGGUGGUUUAAUACUGGGAGGUGCAGCGGCUGCUAUUACGCAUCACCAAAAAAAUGAUUUGAUCAAACUUCAGAAUGUAGUAGAAAAGUUAAAGGAUAAGAUGGAUACAGGCUAUAUCAAAUUGGUAGAAAAAUGUAUCAGGUACUCUUGCGAAAAUGAAGAAGAAAAUACAGUCGAUGAAAUAAGAGUUGAAAUAAUGGCGGAAAACAUGAUGGAAAAAACAGAAGAGCUGAAGGAUGGUUUUAAAAAAGUUCGUGAUCUUGCGAGGGAAAAGCAAUCCGAAGUACGAGAACUGAUCUAUCGUCAUAACCCACAUGAUCUUUUAAUUGCUGAUCAAUGA